ACGCUGGUGACGGACUGCUGCCCCUCUCCCCCCUCCACCCCCUCGGGUCCGUCUACAAUCUCAGUGAUGUCGGCGACAACAUGCCUGUGAUACACUGACGGCUCUUGGAGUCUUUCUUGUGGAAGAUACAAGGAUGUUUAGAGUUUUGUGGAAGAUACAUUGACGUUUAGUGUCUUGUGGAAGAUACAUUGACGUUUAGAGUUUAGUGGAAGAUACAUGGAUGUUUAUUGCUUGGAAAUGUUCCUCUAGGUCCCGUUUGCUGGCUUUGUGUGUGCAUACCUGUGUGCUGUGACGCUUAAAGUGCCGGGUGUUGGCAUCGCAGAAGGAGAAGGAUUAGACAUAUUAUUCACCACACUUCUCGACAUCCACAUCAACGCGGAGAUUCUCGCACCACGGAGGCUGUGAAGAUUUUAGACCCUCGUCGAAUUCAGCACGUCAUUUAUGUCUCUCCACAACUCCCACUGCCACAGCAACUGGGAAAACUUUUGACCCUCGACCUUUAUGUCUCUAACUACAUCUCUCACUACCACAGCAAUUGGGAAAACUUUUGACUCACGCCGACUUCAGCACGUCCUUUAUGUCGAUCUACCCCGCUCACUGCCACCACAGUUUGGUCCGGGGUGAGGAAGUGACCUUUGCUGUUUCUGCAGUCGUUAGAUGGUGUUGUAUGUUUUAAAACAACGUGUAUUCAGAUCUCAGAACUUGGCAGACCCACACAAGCAAAAUGUCCAGUGCUCCAACCCGCCUUUUCAUGACCUUUCGUCGGCCUCCGUCCUUGACGUUUGACCUAUGAUUGACCUCUGAGAGAGACCAUAUUAAAUAACCAGAGCAGCACCACGACGUGAGUGACGUCAGCAUGGGACUGUCCAGGAAGCUAGGGGCGGUCACUCAGAAGCCUGUCGUCCCGGAGACCAACAGCGUCCCCUACCAGUGGAGCAACCAGGCAUACACCGUGCAGGAAAUCCUGGCCAAGUUUAAGCUGCCCAGCGUGGUUCAGUGCACUGCUGCAGGCGACGGUAAAGGAGCGUUCCAGAUCGGCGCUGUGACAAAGGCCGGCAACUCGUGCCUGCCUCGCCUGGUGACGGUUGUGCACGGCGAGCCGCCAGUCCUCGACUACGCCUUCACGGGCGUGCUGCGGCUGUACAGCGUGUACACGGAGGAGACCCUGCUUGCCGGCACCCUGGACGACCCCAAAUCCAUCUGUCUGGAGCUGGCCACCGACUCACUCACGAAAUUCCGCCUAGGGCUUAACGAGGCGGCCAUCAAGAAGACGUGUGAGUACAACAACGCGCAGCAGAUCUGCGAGUCGUUCGGUCCAAAGUUCGUCUCGGGGAUCAAAGUCUCCUUCUCUCUGACCCCCGAGUACCCAGACCUCGAUGACGUAGAUCUGUCGUUCUACGAGAACUCCAGCGACGCACAAGAGGUGAACGCCAACAACGAGUUUGAGAUCGCCUGGGGCUCCGUGAAGAAAGCAAAACUUCUGACGUCGUCAUCCGCGAGCAACGAUGACGUAGACGGAUCGCCGCCAUCAUUAUCAUCAUCAUCAGCUGUUGUUGACGACUCACGUGACGACCCGUCGCUAGCCCCGCCCCUCUCAGACUCUACAACCGUUGUAUUACAAGAAGUGGGCGUGUCUGCAGACGCCGGUGGGCGGGAUCAAGGUUGGAGUGAGCGCGAGGAGGCGUGGCCUGACGUGACACGUCACACUGACGACACGGAGACGGAGACCACUCGGGAUUUGUUCCCCCUCCAGAGUGUGCCCGCGAGCGGCCCGGGGGUCACGACCCAUGACCUCACCCUCCGACCCCCGGACGAGCUGGAGGCGAUGAGCGAGAGCCGGGUCACCGACAACCCGCUCUUCUACUACUUCCAGCGGAACCCGGACACCCGCCCGCCGCCCCCCUCUCUCCCGGGGGAGGAGAGGGACAGCGACAGAGGACACUUGCUGGACCUCUCAGCAGACAACACACGGACAGACAUCACACGGACAGACACACAGUCUGACAGUCCACCCACUCACCCCACCCUCCUCCCCACACGUGACAGUCCGCACCAACCUGCUGUGAGUGAGCUGCCCACACUCCCCACACACAAAAGAGACCACGUGAGCAAACGUGAGCCCAUAGCCCUUGCGCGGAUGUUCGAACCUCCGCCCAGCGCGGGUAGGGUAGAAGAGACAACAGGCGGGGAUAUCCAUGACUGUGGUUCGAACCUUGUGGUAGGUGCGGAUAUACGUGUAGAUAAACCCGAGUCUAUCAGUUACAGCGAGGAGCUGUGUAAAUCAAACAGUGAGUCAGAUCCCACUCUUGUGUUCACCACCGCCGCCACCACCACCACCAUCAUCAACAACAAUAACAACAACAAUAACAACAACAGCAGCAACAACAACAGCAACAACAACAACAACAACAACAACAACAGCAACAACACGUUGCCAAGCGGUCAGCCAAACGUUCCCGCGAGGAGCGAGCCCACUGACCACGUGACAACGCCAACUGACCACCCGCCCUUCCCUCCCCCGCCCGCCUGGUACACAAACCCUGCCGGACAUGCGCAGACACCCGCAGUGUUCUCUCAGCCGGCCAUGAUCGCCUCGCUCUCCUCUCUGUCUUCUCUGGAGAACGUUGGAGUGAACGACACGCCGCCGAGGAGGAGGAGAGGAGAGAAAGAAGAGCAAAGAGAGCAAGACGAGGAGGACUACGCCGAGGUGGAAGAGGUUCUGGCCGGCUUUGAGCUGGACACCGUGGCUCUCACCCCCGCGCGGGAGUACGCAGAGAGCAGUGACGUAGGCAGUGACGUAGGCAGUGACGUAGGCAGUGACGUGGACAAUGACGUGGAAGGUUACGUGUCUGAGGAGUCCCCGGGGGCCGGGCAUGGCCAGCACGACGAUGAUGACGUAUAUGUGGUCAGUUGGGACAAAGACGCGGUCACUGACCCGGACAUCGCCGGCAAGACCCGGGCAGACGAGCACACAGUGACGCCUGGACUGGUGACGUCAGAGGGCAGAAAUGACGUACACCUAGGUGUAGCAUCCACGUCAUGGGCAGGAGACGAGGAAACAGGAGACGACAACGACGACGAUCUCGAUAACUUGUUCUCAUUUGUUCAGGAACAUGAAGACGAGGAGGAGGAGGAGGAGGAAGAGGAGGAGGAGGAGGAGGAAGAGGAGGAGGAGGAGGAGGAGGAGAUAAUCCACCCUCCAGAAACACAUUAUAUUACCUUCCCGAGUUCAGAAGCCACCGAGCCACCUCUUGCGUCACACAGAAACCUCCUACAACCCACCACCACGUCACCGGACAUUGACCCCGCAAGCGAUGACGUCAGCACACAACCCCCGGUUGUCAUGGAAACAGACAAAUCGUCUGCCCAGGCCGUAGAGAGACUGACCAGUCUGAUAGACGAAGUGACUACCCUGGUCAACACGUCCAGUGGCCGGAUUCUGGACGCGCGCCGACUGGACACCAGCUUUGAGAGACAGUCUAGAGACACCUCGCCCUCUGCCACGGGCGCAACUACCCCGGCCACAACUCCGACGGGCGCCACGUAUAACGUGGCGCGGACUGACACUGUGGCUAGCUCUGUGGAUGCACCUUCUGACCCCUCCCUUCAUAAACCAUCUACACACCCCUCCUCCCUUACAUCACCCACGCACCCUUCCCCUCUCACAUCACUCACAUACCCCUCCACCCUCACACAGCCCACACACCCAUCCCCCCUCACACCACCCACACACACCGACCAGACAUUUACUAUCAUCGACCCGCACUCUCCGCAACACCCUCCAACCGCCCGACACAUCACCCUAAGCACGCCACACAGCAAGAAUCCGAACAGUUCCCCUGACAACUCACCAACCAACAACCCUGACCCUGACCUUGACCGUGACCGUGACCAUGACCGUGACCGUGAUGCUGACCCUGACCCUGACCUUGACCCUGACACCACCAUGACCGUUGACCUUUCCGUGUCCAGCAUUUCCCACCCACCCAUCAACCUACCACCAGACUUUCCCCACACCGAGGUGAAAAAGAAAAAAUCCACUCCCUGGAACAGGAAGAAAAAGCUCCCCGGUCUGGCUGGGGUUUACACAGGUCCGGCCGACUCGUCGUUUGGUGGACUCAGGCGGAGCCAGGGCCAGAAAGAUCUGGCCAGUAUCGGUCAGUUGCCCACGUCUGGCGCUGACGUCACGCUGCAUAAGUUUCAGUCGGACUCGAACCUCAGCAGUGUGAUCAAAUACGAGAGACCAGUCCAGAAUAGGUUCGGUUCUUCCCGCAUCAACCACCACCCCCACCACCACCCACACGGGCAUGGGCAUCAGAAAGCGUGCGCUCAAAGUUUGUCUCACAACAGCAGCAGCAACAGCAGCAACAUCAACAUCAACAACAACAACAGCAGCAGCAACAGCAACAACAACAGAAACAUCACCACCACCCCUCCAGACAGCAGUUACGCACAGCACAACCGGCCAGAGGACUUGCACAAUUUGCCCACCGCGUCACGUGACGAUGACGUCACACUAAAGGCCACACCCCCACAGCAGCCCGCGUCCUCUUCCUCCUACUCACGAAGCACGCCUCACGGGAGCGUCUUGUCGUCUGUUCAGAACUUCGAGAGACUCCACUCCAACAUCAGCACCAGCAGCAGCAGCAGCAGCAUCAGCAGCAGUACCAGAGACAGCUUCAGUCGCACCCGGCCACCUCCGUCACGCCGUGACCUUGACCUUGGCGCACGACCUUCCUCUCACCGUGGUGCCGAGGUCAAGGUCGUUCACAUGGCAGACGUGCACACGCCGUCGGCGGUGGCGGCGGCGGAGCGGGACAGCCGCAUCACGCCCACCGAGAGUGAGGAGGAGGAGGUGGUGAGGAUAGAGGAACAGUUUGUCCUCUCUAAGACUGGGAGGCUGAGGGCGGGGAAGGGAGGAGCGAGGAGAUCGGUGCUGGUGGGGUUAAUGUCCGGGGAGGAGAACGAGGAAAACUUUGUGUAGAAAGAGUCGGUACUGCUAGUGUUAAUGUCGGGGGAUGAGGAAGUCGGUGAUAUUGGGGUUGAUAUCCGGGGAGGGCAAUGAGGAAAGCUUUGUGAAGAGAGACUUGGGAUAGUUGGGGUUAAUAUCGGGGAAAGAUGAAGUAGAGUGUGUUUGGGUUACUGUUGGGGGAGGAGAAGUCGGGGAUGCAGGGGUUAAUGUUGUAAGAGGGCAAUGAGGAAAGCGUUUUUUUUAGUUCCUGGCAGGUCGAAUUCGAUUCCCGAUUUGGGAGAAAGUUUUAUCGAGUAUCCGAGUCUGUCUGCUGGAAAGUUGAAUCAGUCUCUAGGUUGGACCUGACAGACAGGGUCGGAAGCCCGCCUCCUGAAUGACCUAAAGUGUGUGGAUGGCUGUGUAAAAACACCAACAUUAAAAAUGCAGAAAUUUGGGGAUGUGUGGGAAACUACGCAAGGUUUCUGUCAGGGGAGGGAAUCGAGGAAAAUGUUGUGUAGAAGUUACAUUAUGUCGGUUGUCUUUUCUUCCAGUCUCCUGGGGGUAAACAAUAUUGGUUUGGGGUUGUUGUUGUUGUUGUUGUUGUUGUUGUUGUUGUUGUUGUUGUUGUUUUUGUU